AUUGCCUUCAUAUCCAGCUGUACAGAGAUAGCAAAGAAAGGUGUAAAAAUGGCCCAACGAAAGCAUCUUUGUCUUUGGAGGAGUUCUUGGGUAUGGAAACCGGGUUCACUUUGGAUAAAGAAAGUAACACCAUGGCACUUAUAUGCUCGGAGUUGGUGGUAGCAUUAGCUUUUGACAAUAGAGAACUCUUAAUACAGUGGCAAGUCAAGAUAAGGGCUAACCUUGUGGAAGAACAACAGUUUCUAGUGCAGAUAGCUCAUGUUCCAGCAAAAAGUAAACUGCCUUGCGGGCCAGCUCGUUUGCAUCUGCAAGAUCACACCUUCUGUCUAGUUUCUGGUGUUCCUCCGCGAUUACUGGGUACGUGGCCAAUAAAGGAACUUAGACGGUUUGGAGUCAUAGAGGGAAAAUUUUGUUUCGAAGGAGGUUUGUGUGGAAGAGGUGAAGGUCUGCACGUGCUACUUACCAAUCAAUCCGAAGAACUAUCCCAAGCCAUGGACCUGGCGUCCAAAGGCAAACUCCUCGGGAAAAGAAAAACGCUAUCUAGGAAAAACUCUGUUCUUGAAUCGUCAACACGAUAUCCUCUUCACAAAAGAACCCACCACGAUGCUAGCAAGAGUACAGGAGGAGAUUCGAGUCGUCAGCUCCUGAGUUCAGGGUCUGAGGGCAGUACCUGUGACGCCUGUUCAGAAAUUCUUAGAUCAGCGGACUCAUGCGGUGAUGAUAUGCUGGUGUAUAAUUCUAGUAGUGCUUCCAUGAAAGCUUCAUCAUGUAGGAUUCAUUAUAGGUGGCCCUCAUGUCUGUCAAGAUGGGGUCAGAGCUCUACAACUGCAAGUGAUGUAGAAAGUGCAGAUACUAUGUCUGUCACUCUAAGUGAUUUCCAGGGAUCGUCACAAUCAGCCACGAUAUCAAAGACUAGUGGGCAUGGACAGUCUCUUUCGUGUCUUUGUGAUAGUCAGGGAACAUGGCCUUUUAAUCAGUGUUCUAAAUGCGGCAGACAUUUCUACAGUCGUAACAGUUUACAAAAUUGUCGAAAUAAGCAACCCCCUUCACCAGAAAAUCCAGUAAAAGACUCUGCCAAUGGUUUUAGCCCCCAGUGGACAAUGGAUUCGUUGGUGGGUUCUUCUUCCGAUACUCAGCAAUCUAGAAAAGAUUCCGCCUAUCAGUUGAUGAAUCCACCUUCUGACAGGGCUUCGCUCUGUUCUCAUGCUAGUCACAGCAGCAGUGCAAGCGCUGCCAGUAGCAGUGGAUCAGAAUACUCUGUGCCGCGGAAUUAUUUAGAGACAUUAUAUGACAGGCCCAAAACUAUGCAGCAUGCUCUUCAUACCACUUCGAAUGCCAAAACGUCUGAACCACGACGCACAAGUGCCACUUCCGAACACCCAAUUCUCAGUCAGGCGUCUGUUGAGAAUUGCAUUCUGUGCCCUUGCCAUGAACCUAUUAAAGACUGGGUUGCAUCAUCAAUGUCAACUUCACAAGAAAAACUGUUCGGAUCGCAAGAAUGCGCUUGUUGGAACAAACUUUCUAUGUCUGUUAGGAGUGAAGUAGACAUAAGGCUUAUGAACGGUAGAAAAAGUGCUAGUGCCAACCCCUCUCCAAAUUCAUCUCCUAAGAAAACAAAGUACAAUUCCUUAAGGCCAAGCAAUAAUGCUGCUUUCGACUGUGACCCGACAUGCACGUGUGGGAAAACGGAUCCAUAUGCGAAUUAUUCGAUUCCUAGAUCUGCAUUAGUGAACCAAAAGGAAGUACCAGUAGCUUCUGCACAGGCAAAUGGAAACAAAGAUGCCAAAACUCAUGUACCUGCUAUUCCUUCAGAGGAUUAUGACGUUCCUAAGAAAUACACGGAUUUACUUUCUAACUGUGAUAUGAACCAGAAAGCCUCAGCAAUGAAAACUGUUACAAACGGUCCUUCCUGUUCCUGCAUGAGCGCUUGUAAAAUUGUUCAAAAUAUCGAGCUCUUCAAAAUGGCUUCCAAGCAUUCCUACAACUAUCAACAUGGGUCUCUUAACCCUCCUUCUGCAGACGCAUUGCAGAUGUGUGCGUGCCAGAGAGUUAUGCUAUGGGCUGGUAGUUUAGUACCUUGUCUAGGACCUCAAAGAGCUACAGUCGAUUCUGGGUGGCAAUACUCUAAGUCUCUGAACUCUGAUAACAAAAGCUGUGCCAGAGCAUGGUUCGAUCACUCAGUAACUGUGUGUAAUGAACCUCACAAAACAGCAGAAAUUGUAAUGAUGAACGGGAAAUUAAAGCAUGUUCUUCGUGGAACAAGUACAGAAUCAAGUGCCGAUGAAAAUCGAAUGCCACCUUUUGCGAGACCACGCUCAAGCACUAUAUCAUAUCCUUUACUCCCAAGUCGAAAUUCAAGCGACUCCACAGUAUUCAACUAUGCAAACAUUGAAUUUUCCCAAGAGACGAACGAUAAAAUUGUUAAAGUGAGUGAAGAUGCUUCUUCUUCUACCAAUUACGCUAAUAUAGAAUUCGCAGAGACACUGUCUCUCUAUGAAAAUUCAAACGUAGUUUUAUCUCGUUUGGAAACAGAUGAGAAAAACACUGAACCUGUUUAUCCAGAUAAACCUCCUUUACCCCCUAGAUCUCAAAUGCCCACUUCUAAAAAAAGCUCUGAAAAUGUGAAUCAUAGUGAUCUGAAGGAUCGGUGCAAUUGUAAACAAUACUGUAUACGUCGAAGCCCAAAGAAAGCAACACUAAAGCAAGUUAAUGGCAGUGCGUAUGAAAUGAUGUGCUAUCAGAAACCUCCGGAAUCUACCCAAGAUGAUGACGAUUACUUAAUGAUGCAACCGUUAUGUGCAAAAACGGAGAAUUCCUCCUCUCCAUCUAAACAAUCUCUUGAGUCUCAAAAUCUGCAAUCUGCUUCAAAUGCGUUGGGGAAGCAAAACGAAGAGAAUGAAGCUGAACAGGGCAUAGAACCAACACUCCCUCUCAGACCUUUCAUGCCAUAUUCUUAUCCUAGCGUAGAAAUGAAUGAUUCGAACGACCAGGAUGGAAUCUGCGUAGAAUCUUUAUCCAGAAAGAACCAGCUUAUAAACGAUGAGUUGCAUUUUAGAUCUAUGAGAUCUAACUCUCUAAGUGAACUCAAAAAGAAAGUGCUUAUGAGAAAACGUUCAAGCUCUGUAGAUGGUAAAAAUAAUGGCUAUCAUCAUAAUGAACCUGGUAUGGAAGUAGAAUCUGUUCCAGCGUCUCCUGUUUGUAGUCCAAGACCUGUUCAGCGUAAAAACUCUUUGUUUUCUAAAUUGAACCUUAGGUCAAAAGAAAAGUCUAUGAGCACCAAUGAAAUAACGCCUCCCAUUCCUAUAUCAAGUUGCAAUUCUUCCAUUCUUAAUAAUAUGCAUAAAAGUGGUCUUCACCGUUCAGCUGACUGUCUAAAGCUUAACGAAGAUUACGUGAAUUCUGAUGAUGACUUGAAUUCUGAUACGAGUGAUUUCAGUAUACAAAAGGAAUCUUCGUCACCAUCUUCUAUGAAACGUUCAUCGAGUGUACCAUGUAGAGCGGGUAUGCCAAAUGUUUGCAGUUCAAGCCCGGUUAAAACUAAUGGCACUAUUAUGGAACUGAAUGAUUUAAAUAAAGAUAGUUCAACUGUUACAAUAACUGAAAAUGACGAAAAUUGUGAAGAGCUUGGACAUAGGAAAUACAGUUUAGACAGCCAUGAAAGGCCAAAGCAAAAAGUCAGAUCCAACUGUGAUAACGUGUACAGACAAGAAUGCUUAGAUGAAUGUGAUACAGUUAUGGAAUUGCAAGGUGUCCUUAGGAGAAACCAUACACAUAUUCCUUUGACAGAAAGAGGUGCUCUAGUCGAAAACUGCAGAAGUGCUACUAGCAGUUGCAGUUCUUCCGAUAUCAGUGAUUAUAUGGAAUCACUAUCCUUUAUUUCCAGAAGUAGUAGCAGCAGCAGUGGGAGUACUAGUAGCGCCGAUUAUGUGCGUAGUGAAGACUUGUACCAUUUGAAACCUUUGCCUAGACCACUACCGAAAAAUAAUUUUUCUAUUAGCAACUGCACAGUUCCUUCUGUUCAUCAUCAAAGUAGGCAUUCCCCUGGGGAAGUCAAUGGUGUCGAUAUUUCAAAUCGGUUCAUGAACCAUCGAGGCCUUGUGGAUAUUUCUGAUUCUUCCUCGGCUGGAGGAAGCUCUAGUGGAUCCUACCAAGACCCCAAACCUUGCUAUCUUGGCAAAGACGAAUCGAAAAUGAGGCCUUGCACUGGUGUGCACUCUAACAGGGACUCCAGAUCUUCAACUUCCUCAACUAGCUCAUUAAGUACUUCCCCUAGUGUCACGGAUUACAGCUCCUCUACAUCUUCAUCUCCCCCAUGUCAGAAUGUGUCUUCUAGAUCGAUUUACGGCAAGAGUCAGCAAGACACCAAGGCUGAGCCUGACAUGGCUCAACGUAGCAUGUUUGUUUAUUCUACUUCAAAAAAUGAGCCCGAGAAGACUUCGUAGUUCUGAAUAAUUUCUAACCCAUGACGGAAUAAUUCAAAGUUUUUAAUAUUUGGAUGAAAAUGUGUGAUCGCAAUUUAGUAUUUAUUUUAAUGCCAGUAGUUUUUUAAGAGUAUUAUAGAACUGGUUUUUUAAUGUAUUGUUUUUCUUUGUAAGUGAGUGUGAAUGAUGUUGUAAAUUUUAUGUGUAGAGUUUUUUAAAUAUAUUUUAAGCGUGUUUAAAUGGAAACACAGUUUUUUACGAGACAUAGAAUAGUUUGAAUUCUAAUGGGAAAUUUUUAAAAAUUUCAACGUGUUUGAUUUUCUUUUGAAAAUUUUAUUUCUGUUCAACAUAUUUUUUGUCUUUAGAAAUAUUUUUAAUUUGUGAUGCAUGAAUAAAAUUUAAUUAUGAUUUCAUUUGUUUCAUGCUUAAAACUUUGACUCAGAUUCCGCCAGAACUGAGGAGAGCGAGAUUUAUGACACUUUAGGGUGAAUUAGAAUUACAGGAAAUCAUAAAAAAUCUUAGUUAUUUUGAUGUUAAAAAUUCCUGCAUAUCUUCAUUUUUCUCUAGCAUAUCAAUUAUAUACUUCUGACAUAUCAUUUUUAAAAUUAUUAAUAUUUUCUUGAAAGUAAUUUCAAACACAAAUGAAAGCUGAUAUUUUAGAACAUCAGAAUCUUUAUAUAUUUCUUAAAUGUAAAAUUGGUUAGAUUUUGGUAUAAAGUAUCUUUGUCAGAAUAGCUCAUUCGUUAUUUAUUCCUCGAUCAUAGUAAGAGGAAAUGUCGAAACAAUUUGAAUAAUUUGGAAGCACAACUGUAUUAAAAGUCAAAAAAUAGAAAAUAUUUUAAAUGUUAUAUUAUUUCAUAAUUAAUUCAGAAUUUAUUGUGAUGUUGUCUUCUCAACAUGCACAAAUCUGCAUACAUGAAAUAUUUGUUACUAAUGCAUGAUUUAUCUUCCAUACGUGGAAACUCCAAAAUAUAAUCUUAAGUUCUAAAAUUAUAUUUUUCCUGAGUUAGCUUAGCUUUCAUAAAUUUUCUUUGAGAGUUUUCUGUGAAUGCUCCAACCCUUGAAAAGAUUCGAUACCAAGAUAUGUUGCCUCUAAGUUCAGAUUUAUUAUUAAAUUAGAAAGGAAGAAAACUGUUGGUAGCAUAAAUGAAUAAAGAACGUAAGUGUAAAUAGAUUGAACGUGUUGAAAUACAAGUCUUAAUGAACUAGUAUAAUUAUAUUUCAUAUUGUACUAUCUAACAUACACACGGAGCAUUGUAAUUAGUUAAACAUAAGAUAUAGAGCUUAUACCCUUUGAAUAUUAGGGUUAGAAAAAACAAGCGGGACUUUUUUCUCAUAGAAGCAAAAGUUCAGAACUGUACACUAGUAAAGUAUAUCUUUAUUUUAACAAUAGGAACACACCGAAUAAUUAAAUGUUAACCUUUUCCCGGGGGCUGGGACAUAUAUGUCUCGCACGUUGACUACUUUAAAUGUGUCUCAAGAAAUUUCAGUAAACUAUGGAGAUUUAAAAUUUACUCCUUAAUAUGGGUUAGGAAGUGGAAUACUCUGUCGAUUUGUUUUUCUGUUCCUUUCAGUUAAAAUGAGUGACUAAAUGGCCAAAAUACAUUCGAAAUUGGACCCUAUAGCCCACGGGAAAAGGUUAAAUGAUAAAAUAAUAAAUAACAAGAACAAACGAAGCGUUAGUAAAUUUGCAAUUUGGAUCAGUAUCAAUUGAAGCCGAUUUUAUUUGACUUCUAUUUCUUACUUUGACAUUUAUGUAUUUCUUGGCCAAAUGUUACUUUAAAUUGUUGACUUUUACCUGUAGAGAACUCUAAAUAUGUGAAGACAGUAUUUAAAUUUUACAUAAAGAACAGCAACAUUAUACAUAGCAUUCCGUAAACUGAUAUGAAAAACCAUUUUUGUGUUUUUUUAA